AUGAAUGUGUUGCGCAGAGCCAAGACAUGGGAAGUAUCUGAAUCUGAGGACGAUAGCGAGGCUGAGACAAAAGCUGAUUUAAAGCUCCAUGACAGCAGUAAAACAGUGGCUGUCAGCACAGACUCAGCAGAGGAGAAAAGUUCACAGUGCAAACACGAACAACUCAAACCGUCAGCAAAGAAAAGAGAGAAAACGUCUGCUUUGUCUCCCCCGCGGCCAGAUGGACGUGGCACACCGAGUCCUGCGAGAAAACGCCGCUCCAAGGAUGAAAUGGAGGAGGACAGACAGAAAGCAAGGGAGAAGAAAGAGGACAGAGAGAGACAGAGAGCUGUAAGAGCCCAGGAGAAGGAGGAGAUGAGACAGGAGCAGCAGAGAAGGAGAGAAGCUGCGGAGCACCUCAAGAGUCUGAGACCAGAGAACUGCCUCAAGUGUCUCACUGUCUGCGUUGAUCCAGCUCUUUUGCAACAGGAGGGCUCAGAUUUCCUGCUGGACACCCUGGCUAGCUUUGAAUGGAGGUUCAGCGUUGAGAGCCAGCAGCUCCCUCACAGCAUCACCUGGACCAGGGAUUUACCUCAGGGAGAAGACAGCAGGGGAACAGUGGAGGAGGAGCAGGUGGUGCUGGUGCUCGGUCUGACCGAUUUCUUGGACGUGGUGAUCUCUGUGAAGAAAAUGCUAGACAGUGAAGGGGACAAGACAGGGCCAGAUUCUUUCCUAAGCCCUCUUCUGGAGUGUCUCAACCGUGAUGACAAGAAGGUGGUCUCUCUCUUAGUGACAGACUGUCAGCCGGAUUACAGGACCGGGACUUGUGGUGUGCAUUUACUAGAUUACACAUUACAAUCCAAAUUGGGAAUGAAGAAUCUGGAUAUUGAGGAGGUUCUUGUAUACCUGCAGCUCUGCAAAAAUGUCUCCCUGGUUUUCCUGGAUGGCUGGGAGGAGGUGACUGACCAUGUGUGUGCUGUCACAAAGGCCUUGUCAAAACGCCCUUUCAAGCUGCUGACAGAGCGGGCGGAGCUACCCUUUUGUGUGGACGGUUCGUGGGCAAGCGGAGUUCGGGUGGAGAGGGACGGCUCAGGCCUGAACCAGGUCUGGAGCAGGCAGAUCCAACAACUGAACAGAGUCAGUCCCGUUGUAGCCUCCACUGUGACUGCAGCCUAUCCGUCUCCUCAGCUGCUGCUGCAGGUAUACCAGAGCUUGGGAUCAGAGAAGGAGAGAAAGGAUCUGCUGGCUGGUCUCUUAGUGAAGAGCGGAGGUAAAGAGAGACAUAUUGGACCAGAGAUAUCAGCCAGAGUCUACCGCUGCUUCACAGCCCAAAACCCCCAGCUGGUUCUCGACUAAUUAAUCCACUUGAGAAGGACACUGAUGGAUGUCAAAAAGGAUACAUCUGUUUCUAAUGGCGACUCAUUUCCACUUGGCUGCUAAUAUGUUAAUGUUGAUGUUUACAAGCUAAAAAUAUGCCUUAGAUAUCAUGUUCAC